AUGCCGCGACAUACUUGGCUUGCGUUCUCCCUCUGGGUGGCCCUGGCCGACUGCCUGGGGCCGGCAUGGACGGGGACUCAGGUCGACUUGACCGUUCUCAACUGGGACAGGUUGCGCGUGAAUACCAUCCGCGAUACCGUCUACCUCAACGGGGGCUCUCUUUGGUGGCAGAAAGAAUACUCCGACGACCAACCUGACCUGCGCCUAGACAACACCGCGGAAGCAAAUGUCUACUACUUCGGUCUCGGCGAAACUUUUGACACUUCAACCACAAACCUAACGGCUCUGCUCCACGUCAUGCCCACGACCGGAGUUCAAUCGGCCGGCAAUCUCGCCCUGACUUACUUUGACGGCGCCAUGUUUGCCAACGAUGAGCAGUUCUAUCUCUAUGGAGGAAUCACGCGUAAAUUCGACGACGAUCCACCACCUGCCGAAGACUAUACCAUUGGCUACGAGCGUUACGAGUACGACGGGCAUCGCGAGAAAUGGCGUAGUGGGUUCCGCGGCGACAAACUCGACAACGACGUGACAAUGUACGUUUCCAACGGCGCAAGUGUCUCUGCACCGAGCGAAAAUCUAGGGUUCUACUUUAGCGGAAUACAGAGGAAAGAUAGGGGUCCUAUCUACCUUCACGGCAUUCAUGAUAAUAUGACAGAGAUAACCGAGUCGGACACAUUCGUCACGGUUGAUAUGUCCAAGAUGCGAGGCAACAAGUGGGCGAACCACACCUUGCCAGAAUAUGUGGUCGGUCGCGCGAAUGCGGAAGCCGUCUGGGUGCCUGUGUCGGGGAAGGGCAUCGUGGUCAUUCUCGGAGGAGUGAUCAAUCCAGCUGCGUUGGAUGGGUGGUCCACCCCAAGUAAAGAGGACCAGAGCGAAAGUAAGAAAGUGAGCCCAGGGUUUAUGGAGAGCGUCUCUGUGUAUGACGUUGCCGAGAAUAAAUGGUACAUCCAAAAGACCACAGGCGACAUCCCUCCCCAGCUAGCCCGGUUCUGUUCCGUUUAUGCCAGCGCGCCAGACGAUUCCUCGCACAAUAUCUACAUCUACGGCGGCAACAAUGGCACUAGCCCCCUAGAUCCCCCAUCCGAUGACGUGUACGUGCUAUCGCUUCCAUCGUUUGAAUGGAUCAAGCUAUACAGCGGGGUAAAAGAACACGGUCGCACCGGCCACCGCUGCGUGAAGCCGUAUCCGGAUCAGAUGCUCGUGCUGGGGGGUCAGUAUAUGGACGUAACCAAGCCUCUAGGUGGGGGUUUCAUCCAAGUACUCAAUCUCAACACCGGUCGAUUUCAGAAUAAAUACAACUCGGCGCACGAAGAGUAUCGUGUGCCGAAUAUGGUAGCUGGAAGGAUUGGCGGGGGCCCGGCAGGUGGUGCCACCAAAACAUCGCCUUCAUCCUGGACAAAUGACUCUCUCGCCUCCGUCUUCAAAACGAAAUACCCCGGGACGAUAAAGACGUGGUAUCCCUACCCACAAGUCCGCAGCGUCCACGAGAAAAGGGGCACCAAGUUCCCGGGCUGGGCCGGCGCCAUCAUCGGCGUCGUCCUCGGCGUCAUUCUCAUUGCGUGCGCGCUGGCGUUCUGGCUCAUCCGGCGGCGCAGAAAGCAACAGCAAUAUAGAAGCUCGCAUAACCCGAGUAUCAGCGAGCCCGAUACCAGCACCAUGACGCGAGUGGCACGAUGGAUACAAGGCUCCGGCGGAGACUCCGCAGUACCCAAAUCGGGCGACACAGUAUCGACCGAGUAUGGGGCGCAGAGCGAGGGAACAGCCGUCUCGCGAGGAUUUCUGCCUGAGGUUGGGGGAGAGCCUGUUCAUGAACUUCCCCCAGAAACAACCAAAGUCUUCCCCGCCGAGCUGCCCACGCCUUACAACAAGCCGGAUUCUAGCCCCGCGCCGAGUUCCACGGGUGGAGGAUUUCGCUCGCCCGUGUCGCCUGCGACGCCGGGAGAAGAGGGCAGUAACCAAGAGGAAGGGCGUCCAACGCACGGAAGACAGAUGUCCAACGUGUCGAGCGCGCCGUCAAUGUCUAUCGCGGACGUGAUCAGCGAGGACGGGGAGAAGGACACCAAAGGACACGCCAUGAGACCCAGUAUUGUGUCUAAUUUUUCGGAACUGAGUAGCACGCCUUCUUCGUUCUCGGAGCAGGGGACUUGGACUGGACUGGGGAUAAAUGCUGACGGGAAAUUGAGUCCAACCCGGGAGGAUAAGGAAUGA